UUUCUCUAUGGGAGAUCUAGCCAUUCUUUCGGAAAGGAGAAAUAAUGUGGAUACCCUAAGGUCAAGGAUUAUCAUCGCUAGGCUGGAAGAUUUGGACAAGAUCCGCCUUCUGGUUAUGAAAAUCUCACUCUACCUCGUGAUGGUGCUCAUAAUCAAGACUAUCUUGCCUGAAUAUGUACUUCUCAUAUGGAUGGUUACCAGUGGACAUGUUGGAUGCUAAUCCUCAACGUGUCAAUCAGCCUAGCGUCUUGACACCCCAUCAUGCAAGUCAUGCAAGUGAUGAGCAACAAUCAUCAGAAGCAUCGUCACCGCAAAUCAUUCCAAUUGAUUCUGAGACAUCACAAUCAAUUGUCUUUGAACAACCAGACGCUUCUUCAACACCACCCGCACGACAUGGCGCGUGCCAGGGAAAGCCCUCUGACUUGGCAUCGUGAUUAUGAUGUACAAUUAAAUACUGUGAAAAUAAAUUCUCCACCCGUUGUUCACUCUUCUCCAUCGGUUGACUCAGGAAGAGAAGCAGAGUGGGGUUUUCUGAUCGAGACUGAGAUUCUUUGUAUCUGCAAGUGCUAUACCUUUGCGAGUGUAGCAAAGAUCCUCAUAGUACCUGAAACUAAUUGGGUGCAGUUAUAAGAGAGAGAGAGUCGGCCUCCAUUUAGCUAACUUGUGGACGAUGUGUGGGACAUGAAAAUCUGUUUUUUAGUAGGUGACAACUCCGGUACCUAUUUAAAAAAUGGGGGUACCGUACUUAUCACUCACAUGAUUGGUCCAAAUCAUUAUAUCAUUUUGAAUUUAGAUUUAAAUAAUUCAACUGCAACAUUCUGAUUCGUCCAUGUGGACAAAGGUAUGGUACCUUAAGGGUACCAUAGAAUCUACCUUUUUAGUAUUGACCGAAGAUGAAAACUUAGUUUGUUAGUAUUUCUUUUAAGCAUACUAAGGGCAUCUCCAACAGUUUACACCAUUUUGUACACUAAAAUGGUGUAAACAUCACAUCAUACAGUAUUUUAUCUCCAACGGUUUACACCAUUUUCAUCACCAAAAAGGAAUAUUCCCUUUUUAUUCUUUUUACUAACUUUUUACCAUUGUUCUAUUUAAGUAUCUAAUUAUCAUAUAUUUAUACAUUAGCCCCUCAUUUAAUAUUUUGACAUUUCACACAUUAUUUCACACAUACAAACUAAAAUACACCAUUUUAAUACUUGUAUGUAUUUUCAC